CAGAAAUGAUGAUCUCAAGCUGGCUAUUUCAAGUAUAGAAUUUAAACUGGGAUGAUGUCACAGAAAAAGCCAAAAACACGGUCAAAACUUUUUCUUGUCGGAACGAAAAAUCUCGGAUAUAGGCCCAUUCUGAAAAAAAAAAAUAAAGAGAAAAGCAGACGACAAAAACUUUCUCUCUUUAUAAAUAUAUACUAUAUAUAAGCCAUGGCCUCCGCACAGAACCUUGCCACGCCACCCCCGGGCCUGUACUCGCCACUGUCCGCAUUCCCUCAGAAGGAUCAGACUCCUGCUGGAUCGCCUUACAAUCCCUUGCACUGGCCCCGUUGGUUCUCGUACCACAAGAGCCGCCUUGGCUUACCAAACCCAGGCAAAUUCGAACGUUUGCACGGUGAAGUCAAAGAAACGUUUGUCACAAACUUCUUGUUCGACGGCGCACAGGCGAACAUCAUUAAGGAAUUGUCGCCCCACUUCCAUGUCCAGCACCAAUUCUCGCUUGGAUCGCAAGUUAUGCCACCAAUGUAUAACUUCAUGUCGGGUUACAUGACGGAGAGAACCAUGGCUCAGGGUACGAUGGAUAAUGAUACCAACUUGAACGCGGUUAUUCGACACAUGUGGUCAAUGAAAUCGUUGACCAAGGUCGUUGCUCAGAUGACACACAUGCCCGGCCACUCGAUGCUUCAGGUUGAACACGACUACACCGGCGCGGAUUUCAGCAUCAACUUGAAGGCCAUGAACCCCAACCCUAUGGAGUUCACUGGUUUGUACGUUGCCUCGUACUUGCAAUCGAUCACACCCAAAUUGGCACUCGGUACCGAAGUUGUGUUGCAGCGUCCUACACCCGACAUGGAAGAGACUGCCAUGUCGCUUGUCGGUAAGUACAGCGGCAAGGACUUUAUUGCCACAGCACAGUUCCAGGGCUUGGGUGCUAUCCAGGCCUCGUACUACCAGCGUAUCAACGAAAAGGUCGACUUUGGUGUCGAAAUCAACGCCUUGGUGCAGGGUCAGCGAAGAGAGGCUGUUGCUACCGUGGGUGGCAAGUUCGACUUCCGGCAAGCUACUUUCCGUGGCCAGAUUGACACCACUGGUCGCGUCUCUGCUGUGUUGGAAGAAAAGAUGGCUCCUGGCUUCUCGUUCUUGAUCAGUGGUGACUUGGAUCAUAUGAAGGGUCAAAGCAAGUUCGGUGUCGGUAUCAUGUUGUCUGCUUAGAAAUAAAAAGUAUAAAGUACCUUUCCUCUUCUCUUCUCUUUCUCUCUCUUUUCACCCAACCUCUACCCCCCUUUACACACUUCUACUACACAACAACAACAACAACAACAUUCGACACACUCGCACUAUAUUUUUGUACAAAAUGAGAAAAAGUUGUAUAUGCUUUCAGUUU